AUGGUAAUGGCAGGGUCCUCUGGUGAUUUGCGAAGGCAAAUCGAAGCCAUCCAGGCACGUGACUGCAGCAUGGAGGCGAAGUUCCGUGCAACGAGUGCAGGGAUUGAUGUGAACGCCCUUGCAGAGCUAGAGGCAUUUCCAACAGAUGCUGCAGGUUGUAUCAGUGGGUGUGACAAUGAGAAGCUAAGACACUGGUCAGAGCAAAUUGACAUGUUCUAUCACUUUGACAAUGAGAAUGGUGGGAGAGCUCAAAGAGUAUGGGUUCAAUUCCUAUCUCUUGCAUUUCCUUUUAUGAUGGGUUGGACUUUGCAGUCAAUGCUUCUUUCAGUGCUAGCGCGGGCUGACUUUCAUCGAAAACGUGGCGCUGCCAAGUUCCAAUAUGUGGAGGUGUUCUGUGGCAGAGGUAACUUGUCACGAGCUUGCAUUGCUGCAGGCCUGCUGGGAGUGUCCCUGGAUACAUGUGUCAAUCCAGACCAUGAUGUUCUCUCAGCCAGUGGCUUUAGAUUGCUUCUAGCUGCUUUGACUGGCACAGUUCAAAAAGGAUUGCUCUGGAUAGGGACGCCAUGUCGGUCUUUUUCAGUGAUGUCAGCGUCUGUCAGCCGGCGGACGGCGGAGAACAUGUACCUGGGAGACACUUCGCUGUUUUGCGUGCAACUUGGGAAUGUCCUUGCAGACAUCUCAGGACUUCUUCUUUUGCUGGGCUUUCUUCUAAACUUGUCAGAGGGAUUGGAACAACCAGGGGGAAGCACACUUCCUCUCACGCCAGUGGUGAAUGCUGUUCUUCGAUUCAUUGGUUCCAGCAGGACAGACACAUACCAUUGGUGUUUUGGUGGACCGACGUUGAAGCCACUUCAGCUAUGGAGCCGGUGCAACUUCAUUAGGCACUUGAGGAGGCCAAAACCUUUUGUUCCAUCCAUGGAGGAAAAUGCCCUAGCCAAGAGAGGUUCUGAUGGCUCCUACACUGGGAACCGGGAGCUCCUGGAAGAAAGCCAAGAAUACACUUUGCAAUUUGGCAGAUCUGUAGUUGCUGCUCUGUUCCAUGAAUGGCGUGGCAAUUAA